CGGACCAGCUGUCCCCACUGGCAGCUCCUUCUGCAGGAAGGAGAGCCCACAGUCCCUGGGGUUUGCUGGGGCUCAGGGACCAGCACUGACCUGCUUCCCUUCGGACAAUCCGUAGGAGGGCUGGCUGCUUUCCGUGCUUUCCUCAAAUCCGAGUACAGUGAGGAAAACAUCGAGUUCUGGGUCAGCUGUGAGGAGUACAAGAAAACCAAGUCACCAGCCAAGCUCAGCCCCAAGGCCAGGAAGAUCUAUGAUGAGUUCAUCUCGGUGCAGGCCACGAAAGAGGUGAACUUGGAUUCGUGCACACGGGAGAAGACGAGCCACAACAUGCUGGAGCCGACACUGUCCUGCUUUGAUGAGGCUCAGAGGAAAAUAUUCACCCUCAUGGAGAAAGAUUCUUACCGCCGCUUCCUCAAGUCCCCUUACUACCUGGACUUGGUCAGCCCGCCUGGCUCUGGAUGUGGGCCCGAAAACUGCAAAAGAAACCACACUCACAGCUUAGACUGCAACUCCAACAUCAUCUCCCAGUGCGCCUGAGCCUGCAGCGAGGCAGGGCCGGGCUCUUGCAGAAUGUAUGGCAGCAAAAGCAUUCAUUGGCAUGAAGCAACAGAGCUGUCUCCAGUAGCUGUCUAAUGUCCCCGUUGUACCCAUGUCAUGCAACAGCCAGCAUUUGUAACCCAAUCCAGGCUCAGUGUGUGUAGCAAACCCUCCUCUGAGGUCGGUGUAGGGGCGCUGGGGUCUGUGUCUGGCAGGAGCUGGGGGCAGUCGCUGUGUGAGCCCUGUGAGCCCGGGAGGCUGCUGGGGAGCCGUGCCAGCCCUGGCACUGCCCACAGAGGGACCAGAGCGGCCGGGUCACGGCUCCUCCUGCGCUCUGGGUGGCUCCCAGACAGGUGUGGGCACAGAGGGAGCCGAGGGAAGCGCUGGGGACUGUGAUCUCCCCUUUCCAAUCUGCAGAGGGUUAGGUGAAAAGGGCUCGCUGUUCAAAGCUCCCAGGUGUCCAGGCUGCCAGGAGUGUUUGCUCAGAGCUCAGGCUGUGCUGCACUGCAGCACCAGGCACAGGAAGAGCUCCUGCUCUUUCUUGAAGGGAGACCAGAACUUUUUGGGACAGCCUCCCUCGGUUGUCACAGCCACAGUGGCAGGGAAGCUCAGCCUCCCUCGGUCACCACGGGAAGCUCUUGCUCCCUCUGUAGCACCACGUUCAUGCUGGCCAAGGACCUCUCCUAGGGCCGUGCAGAGCUGUCACUUUUGGGGAGGCUCAUUAUUUCCUAAGCUGUUAAUUGUGACCUUCACACUCCCAGGUUAAAUCCUCCAGCAGAGCAAAGCAGAACAGAAAUGUGUUCCUUCUCUGGCAGACAGCUGUGUGUUCCUGAGACUCCAGGGGUGCCAUUUGGAUUCAGCUUUGCCUCUCCUGGCUUGUGAGGAGCAGUUUGUGAGGGA